AUGGCUAUCGCCCGCCCUAAAAAAAUAAAGCCUUCGGCAUGGUCAUUCAUUCGUGCCCCUGCUCCUCCAAAGUCGAAUGCUCAUCCCAUUCCUCCACUCGGCUACAUCCUGAUCGCCCUCGUGUUCAUUCAGUGGUUUCACGCAACCUCCCUCGCUGUUAAGCUUCAAUGCCUGAUUGGAGCCGGCCUGUUCAGUUGCACAGAAUACACCUUCUACACUAUGACGGUCGAGUCACCCGAUGGCACUGUGAGCGUCAAGCCCUUUGCUGGCCGUCCCGGACACACGACUGUUCACCAGUACUUCAUGAAUGUUUUCUAUAUCCCCAUUCUGAUUCACGGCUACCAUGCCUUUAUCGGCUCGACCGCUCUCCGUAUCUUGCUCUUCCCCCUCAACAUCUGGCUUUUGGAGAUGAUCCAGGGCUACACAUUAAUCUACUUGAUCGGAUACAAUGCUGCAUGGACCUACAGAGGCAAGUGA